AUGGGCGCCGACGACGACGCGCGCGCCGCCGCCGUCGCCGGCGACGUCCGCGCGUUCCUCGCGCUCGUCGAGCGCGGCGCCGACCCGACGACUCGGGACGAAAACGGCGCGCACUGCCUGCACCACGCGGCGGCGGCGAACUGCGCGGCGAUCGUCGAUCAUCUGCUCAGCGCGGGCGUGCGAUGGAACGACGUCGAUGACGACGGUGACUGCGCGGGACAGUACGCGAGCGGACACGGACACGCGGAACUGGCGCGAGCGAUGAUGGACCACGCGACGGCGAGCGAGGUGCGGGACGGCGAGGCGUCGAUGUCGGCGACGAAGGGCGCGAGCCGAAGGAACGAAGAGAGCGAGAAAUAUUUAGCGACAAAGGUGAGGUAUAGCGGUGAUGAUAAAUUGUUGGACGAGCGCGGAGACGCGGUGAUGAUGAGCUGGGAGGCGCCGUUGAUGGAGGCGCACGCGGACGCGCUGUGCGAGACGAACGGCGACGUUAUGAACGUCGGUUUCGGCUUAGGGAUCAUCGAUGGAUGCAUUCAGGCUCGAGAGCCGAGGAGUCACACGAUCGUGGAGGCGCAUCCGGACGUGCGGGCGCACAUGACGCGCGCGGGAUGGGAUUCGAAGGCGGGCGUGCGCGUGGAGUUUGGACGGUGGCAAGACGUGCUGCCGAGACUCGUGGAGGAAGGUCGAAAGUUUGACGCGAUUUAUUUCGACACGUACGGGGAAGAGUACGACGACAUGCGUCGGUUUCACGCCUUUUUGCCCAAACUUUUGCGCGAGGGCGGGCUGUACAGCUACUUCAACGGCAUGUGUCCCGACAACAUUUUCUUUCACAUGGUGUACAAUCGCGUCGCCGAGGUCGAGCUCGGAGCUUUGGGUCUCAAGGUGACGUUUGAGAUGAAAUCCAUCGACACCGCGGAUGCGAAGAUUUGGGAGGGCGUCACCCGUCGAUAUUGGUGGGGCGACAAGUACUUCUUACCCAAGUGCGUGUUCCGAGGCAAAGUUUAG